AUGGUUAUGAGCCCUGUCGUUCUCGACGUCAGCUACAACUGGAAUCAUCCAAAGAUCAUCGAAGCGGGCUUCGAUCCUCAUUCUAUCCGCCUUCGCAUCGCUGCAGGUCCUCAGACUAUGGCAAUGUUCGGAUACGAGAUGGAUGGUUUCUUUGUCGAGCCCCUCGACGAUGUCGACGCCGAAUCUAAUACCUACGACCCCACCAUCGCCAACAAACGGAAGUCUAAUAGUCUUUCAUCCCAAUAUUACGACAGCUCCGGCAGCGAUCCUGAUUCAUGCGACGGUGACACUACUAUUGAUAUAUUCACCAACCGAUUUGUCGACACCAGCAGCGAACAAUACAUCGCAUCCAACAUCAAACGAUAUAUCGAGAAGCUAAGGAGCAGAGAGUACGAGGCUGUGAUGAUCGAAUACUCGAUCAGGAUGGGCACAGACAAGGUAGAGACGGUGUUGUUCGAGAGGCUCGUGAAUGCGACGAGGGAAUUUGCGCCGAGGGCGAAGCUGGCAUUUAAUUGGAAUCUGGGAUCGACAUUGGAUGCCUUCAAGCGGGUGACACCGGUUCCCGUGUGA